AUAUUAUAUUGCAUAAGCGAGGGAAUAUUCACCUUCAGCUGACAAUUUUUUACUUGGGGAGGCCCCUCAAGUGGGUGAUUGUGGGGUGAGAUUCGGGUGGAUUCAAUAGGAGAAUAUAUUAAGACCUAGUCUGGGGGGUAGGGGUUCUUUGUUUCGCCCUAUUGCACUAGCUCAUAUAGCUUAAUACGACUAUAAGUUAUAAACUAUAACUUCUUCACCAAGAUUCCACCCAGCCUACCUAGUUAUCGGGUACAUGCAUACGACCAUCUCAGUAAGACUUCAACACGUGGCUUAUUGUGGUAUAGCGCGUGUAGAACAAUGGGAAAACUUCGAUUUCAAACGGUUUUACGCCCCUUUUGAGUGCAUAUUUCCGUGGUAUUAAAGCCAAUCCUUCGCCUCGGCUUACGUUGGAGGAAGCAUGCAUUGCAACCACAUGCCUUUCUAGUCUGAAGGGUCGUAAGGGUCGCGAGCGGCGUAAGCCUGCGUUGCAACCCCAUAGUCGUGAUGGAGGGGUGGAGAUCUAAAAGUGUCGGCCCAAAUCAGUAAUGCUUCCUGAUCGGAUUGUCCUCGAGUGGCUACCGUAAUACUGUUUAGUUGCCGUUCGUUCUCAUAAUAUUUGUCCCACCUUAGCCCGUCGUCAAAUCCAAGAGUCCUAUUCUCCGUUGCUUGUUCGCAUCGUAACUUUCCAAGAACCAACGCCAUCAUGUCAUCACAGUGGUCGCAAGGAGUUGUGCCGCCCCCGGAGGGCGUCGAGGUCAACUUCGUCAAUCCCGAGAACCAGAUGGCCGGGAACAUCGCGAUCCACACCGUCUUCCUCACUCUAAGCACCUUAUCAGUCAUUAUGCGAAUAUACACGCGCCUGCGAGUUUCUCGAGUUAGUCUUGGCGUGGAUGAUUACCUCUGUCUCUUAGCAUACGCAGCGACGGCGACGUAUUCAGGCCUAAUACUUACAUGCUUCCACUGGGGAAUUGGUCGUCACAUAUGGGAUGAGCCAGUAAUUUGGCUUAUUCCGGCUUUGAAGUACCAAACUAUUGCGGCACAGAUGUACUUCGCGGCAACCACGAUUAUCAAACUCAGUCUCCUUUUCCUGUACCGCCGCAUAUUCAAUCUACAGAAAACGGCGAAGUGGUUCGUUAACGGGGGGAUCAUUGUCGUUACGCUCAUGGGUGUGGCUAUCUUGCUUGCCAUUAUCUUCUUCUGCUUCCCAGUUGAAAAGGCGUGGGAUGACUCCAUUCCGGGUCACUGCUCGUCUCCAGCUCCGGUGAGCUACCUUUCUGGCGCGUGGAACGCGUUUGUGGAUCUUUAUGUCCUUAUUCUUCCUAUUCCUCUCCUCUGGGGCUUGAACAUGGGCCCAAGGCGAAAGAUAAGACUCGGUGCCGUUUUUGGAAUUGGUAUUUUUGGUUGCGCAGCCAGUCUCGUGCGCCUAGGAAUGACACCACUUCUACAGAGCGAUUUAGAUUCCACUUACAAUAUCGCUAAGGUUUCGGUGUGGGCCACACUGGAGAUAAACGUCGGUCUUAUCUGCUCCUGUCUAAUGCUGCUGCCGGCAUUCCUUAGACACCACCUACCAGAAUCAGCCAAGUCAUAUUUCCGAUCCAUUUCACUGUCGAAGGGAUCUAGAUCCGGGAAAAUCUCUACCGGUCCAUCACACAAGUGGGGAGGGGUUUACCAACAUAAAGUGAGCUCGGAUUCUCAGAAUCUGGUUUCGUUUGGGGAGGAAAACAAGAUAUUGAGGACAAAUACCUUCACCAUGGAGACAGUCCGCGCUCCGCCGGAUCUAGAACGUGGCAACCCUAACAUAACCCGGUUUUAG